CUUUGAGGGCUAAGCUGCCAGGGCUGCCAGAUGCAGGGGACGGCAGGAGAGAGAAUCAGCCUCAUCGGUACACUCAGCUCCUGAGCCUGCUAGGAAAAUAAAGGCCUGAUCCCCCAGCAUAGUGACACUUCCUCGAGCUGCCGGCAAGUUGGGCUCCGUGGAGCCACCAGCCUUUGAUGGCUGCCCAGGCCCUGGGAAGCACUGUUGACAAGUUGUCAUGCAAGGCCCACGCAUGCAGCCUACCGGUAACUUCUUCCUCUCUUUCCUCUGCGCCAGAUGAUAAGCCCUCACGCCCUGUCCUGCCUCCUCCUCCUGCCGCUGGGUGCCUGCUUUCCUCCACUGGACAGAGAAGAGCCCAUAGCCACCACGGGAGGUGUCAGAGGCAGAAUGAGCUGGGCGGACCUGCCCGGGGGACACCGCGUCCCCCUCCCGCGGGGCUCCUCCCGGUGGCUGAGAGCCCCACACCCACAUGGCCUGCUUGUCAUGGCCAAGGAGCUGCAGAUGUCGGGCAGACGGCGCGCUGGCUUCAGGUUCCGGAUUGGGCGGCAGGAUGAUGGCAGCGAGGCUCCCAGCUUCUUCCCCGCGGAUGGCGAGAAGGCCAGUGGCCCGUUAGGAACCUUGGCUGAGGAGCUCAGCACUUACAGCAGGAAAAAAGGUGGCUUCAGCUUCCGCUUUGGCCGGCGGUGAGGGGGCCGGGGCGUCCGUGGACCCUCCCUGCUACCACUCCCGCUCCUGUCUUCUCCUUGAGCCUGAAAGACCAGGAUACUAGGGAAGUGUGGGGAUUAUUAUAAUGAAUUCUUAGCAGUAGAAUCACUUAGAUGGGUGCUUGCUUUUGAUUUCCAACUUUGCCGAGGCGAAGACCCGGACAGUGUUAAAAAGGAGGUGGCCCCAAAGCAAGCUGCCUCCUGGGGAAGAAGAAAGCGCUGCGCUCCUGUAAGUGUCCCAGCCCCGUUCCCUGGUGGUCCGGCUCUGAGCAGUCCCCUGGCUCAGCGGUCCGCAGCCGUGGCCACUGUUGGGCCAUGAAUGUGGACAGGCAGGGCUGGCUGCGUAGGUAGGUGGGCUGAUGAUGACAGUGGGGUAAUCAAAGUUUUGACAGUCUCCAGAGGGACACCUAUAGCUGGGAUCCGAAGUGCGACUCUGAGUGGGCACGUCCCACCGGGUACAGAGGAUGGUUCUGAAAGUUUAAGAAAAAAAAAAUCUUGUUCUCCAUCCCAUUAACACAAGAUCCCUCUGGCAAGAAAACCCCGCUGUCGUGUCGAGAUGUCAUUCAGAACCGGCUGCCCAUUCCCUUCUGAUAACUGUCCUCGGCGGUACAAUGUUUGCCAAGCCAGGAGCCUAGUGGGAGAUGAACAAGGAAGGAAUACAUUUUUGCUCGAGCAAGGUUGCCUUUCAAAUGUUCGGAAUAUGAAUGUGUUGUGUGUAUCUUUUGAAAUAAAAGUUGUAACUGCAAAACCGUAAUGGAAAGCUCGCCUGACUCUUGCCUACAGGUCCUCUGUGCCCUAGGAGUUCGGUUUUCCUGUACCAGUGCCUUAACUCUGGGGAGAUGGAAAUCGUGUUGCCUGUAUC